AUGGCUACUAUUUUUCGCUUCGAAGAAUUUCUAACGCUCCCCAGCUUCUUUUUCCACAAUUGUGGUGCUGAUCUUUGGGGCCCCAGUGGCGGACUGAUGCGUCGUAUUGUUUUAUUCUUUGCCGCAACUAACUUACUAAUAACUUUCAUUGCCGAAUUUUACUAUGGCGCUAUGAAAAUCAAAACGGAUCUUAUCGAGGCAACUAUGGCUCUAACAUUCGUCGCUUUUGUACUGGUCUCCUUUGGGAAAUACUACUAUAUGGUCAUCGGAAAAAACAAAAUGGACGAAUUUUUGAAUCGUUUGUUUGCUAUUUUUCCGCGCACCCGUACGCAGCAAGAAGACAUAUGCCUGAAGUAUUACAUUAAAUACAAUUCGCUUGUAAUGCGAGGCUAUACAGCUCUUUUUAUUGUGGCCAUAUCCACCUAUAAUGUUUAUGCAUUGUUGAAACAAUUUAUUCAUACAAAUAUCCAGCACAAGCAUGAUCUCGAACCAACUGCACCCUAUAAUGCCUACUAUCCAUGGGAUUGGCAGCACCAUUGGAGCUACUAUGUGGUUUAUCUGUCGCAGAGUUUCGCCGGUUGGCAUGCGGUAAGCGCGCAAGUAGCGCUCGAUUUACUACUCUGUGCAACGGCAACACAGCUAAUAAUGCACUAUGAUCACAUUGCACGCACACUGGAGAAGUGCAAACCGAAAUUUGCUGAGGCACGUGAAAAUACUAAGGGACCCCAUUUGGCGAGAGUGGCUAUGGAGUUGCGUCUAUUUGAUGAGGAUAAGCGGUACAUUUCCGGUAUUGUUGCUUACCAUGUGGAGGUGUUGAGGUGA